AGCACUGGAGGAUCCACUAUUGUAGAAGUGUCCCUUCCCGCCGUUUGAGUCGCAAAAAGUGUGAAGCGAGUGCGUUUACUGUUAAGCCAUCGACGUCUCUUUGAUCUUUACGAAAAACCUCUCUUCAUUUCGAAACCCUAAAACUCUCUCUCUUUCUCUCUUGCUCUGUUUCCUCCUUCAAUGGAGCUUCGUUCUCGUCGACGCCUUUCCAAUUCCAUGUCAUCCGAAGGGAAGGAGAUGCAGCGGAGGGAUGCUUUUGGGGAAGUUGAAUUUAAUGCUCAGUGCAGCUUUAAUACCAAUGAAGACGUUUAUGGUACAUUUUCAAGAUCGGAUUCUAAUUAUGAAGAUGAAGACUUUGGUGGGCACUUGCUGUUUGACUUGAAUCAGGAACCAACUUCAAGCGUUAGUGUUUCUGAUGGAGAAGAUAAUGUUUCUGAUUCAUCUGAUGGUAGCAACCCUUUAUCUAAAAGGGGAAAGGUGCAAUCCAGAAAGAAAAGAAAAAAAAUGAAGUUGAAAAAUGGAGUAAACAGUGAUGUAGAGAAAAUGAUGGAGCAGGGGGAUAAUGAGGAAUACUCAAUAGCUUUCCGUCAAUCGGUUCUCAUCAAUUUGACUAACGUGAAAAAGAAGAAAAAGGUGAAAAAAACAAAGGAAGAUUCUAAGACAGUGUUAUUGUGGAAUGUUUGGGAAGAGGAGCAAGAGAGAUGGAUUGAUGAGAAUAUGUUUAUAGAUAUUAACUUAGAUAAUGAGAGUGAAACAAUGAAUGAAACUGCUGAUGCAUCCUCAGAUCUGACUAUGCCUUUGCUAAGGUAUCAAAGGGAAUGGUUAGCCUGGGCUUUGAAACAGGAAAGGUCUGCAACUAGAGGAGGAAUCCUUGCUGAUGAAAUGGGAAUGGGGAAGACUAUUCAAGCAAUUGCCCUUGUCCUUGCCACGCGUGAAUUCCAUCAGAUGAGUUGUGAACCAGAUAAACCGCUGCCUUCACCAGGGUCAUCAAAAACAUUACCUACAGUCAAAGGAACACUUGUCGUAUGUCCUGUGGUUGCUGUCACUCAGUGGGUUGGUGAAAUUGAUCGGUUUACAUUGAAAGGAAGCACCAAGGUGCUGGUUUAUCAUGGGGCAAGGAGAGGGAAGAGUUGUGAACAGUUUUCUGAGUAUGAUUUUGUAAUAACCACAUACUCUAUUGUUGAGUCUGAGUACAGAAAGUAUAUGAUGCCUCCUAAGGAGAAGUGUCCGUACUGUGGAAAAUUAUUUUACCAGAAUAAGUUAUCUUAUCACCAGAUGUAUUUUUGUGGACCUUAUGCAGUUAGAACAGAAAAACAAUCAAAGCAAAAUAAGAAAAAGAAAGGGGAUGUUACUGAACAGAAGAUCAAAGAAUCAAAGUGCCAGAAUGGAGAAUUGGAACAGGGUUUUGUCAAGAAAAAAGGAGAGGAAUUGCUCGUCAGAAUGGAAGACUCAGAUGUGGUAAGCAAGGAGAAGUCAUUUUUACAUGCUGUAAAGUGGCAGAGGAUCAUACUGGAUGAGGCACAUUAUAUAAAAUCUAGACAUUGCAACACUGCAAAAGCAGUUCUUGCUUUAGAGUCUUCCUACAGAUGGGCAUUAAGUGGUACACCCCUUCAGAACCGUGUUGGAGAGCUAUAUUCUCUGGUUCGAUUUCUUCAAAUAGUUCCUUAUUCCUACUACUUGUGCAAGGAUUGUGAUUGCAUGACACUUGAUCAUAGCUCCUCUAAACAAUGUUCAAACUGCAGCCACAGUUCUGUUAGACAUUUCUGUUGGUGGAACAAAUAUAUUGCCACACCAAUUCAAUCAUAUGGAUAUGGUGAUUAUGGGAGAAGAGCAAUGAUAUUGCUUAAACACAAAAUUUUAAAGAACAUAGUUCUAAGGCGCACUAAAGUAGGCAGGGCUGCUGAUCUUGCACUUCCUCCAAGAAUUGUUUCAUUGAGGAGGGAUAGCCUGGAUAUAAAAGAGCAAGACUAUUAUGAGUCGUUAUACAAUGAAAGUCAGGCACAGUUUAAUACAUAUGUUGAAGCGAAUACUUUGAUGAAUAAUUAUGCUCAUAUAUUUGACCUCCUCACACGGCUACGGCAGGCUGUUGAUCAUCCGUAUCUUGUGGUAUAUUCUCCAACUGCAGCAUUAAGAGGUGGGAACUUGGCUAGUAAUGGUGACGUUGAACAAGCAUGUGAUCUUUGUCAUGAUGCAGUAGAAGAUCCUGUGGUAACCUCUUGUGAGCAUAUUUUUUGCAAGGCAUGCUUGAUAGACUUCUCUGCUUCCUUGGGACGACUAUCAUGCCCCUCAUGCUCUAAAUUACUUACAGUUGAUUUAGCUUCCAACAAGGAUAUUGGGGUUCAGGCUAUUAAUAAAACAACAAUUAAGGGUUUCAGGUCCUCUAGCAUUUUAAACAGAAUUCAGCUGGAGAACUUUCAGACAAGCACUAAAAUAGAGGCAUUGAGAGAAGAAAUUAGAUUUAUGGUUGAAAGGGAUGGUUCUGCCAAAGGGAUUGUUUUUAGCCAGUUCACAUCAUUCUUGGAUCUCAUAAACUACUCCCUGCACAAGUCAGGGGUAUCUUGCGUUCAGUUGAAUGGAAGCAUGACAUUGGCUGCUAGGGAUACUGCCAUUAAAAGAUUUACUGAUGAUCCAGACUGCAAAAUUUUCCUCAUGAGCUUGAAAGCUGGAGGUGUUGCUCUCAAUCUGACAGUAGCAUCACAUGUUUUCCUUAUGGACCCUUGGUGGAACCCUGCAGUGGAGCGUCAGGCUCAAGACAGAAUUCACCGGAUAGGUCAAUACAAACCAAUCAGAAUUGUGAGAUUUGUCAUUGAAAACACAAUCGAGGAAAGGAUUUUGAAGCUCCAAGAAAAGAAGGAGCUAGUGUUUGAAGGGACUAUCGGUGGCUCUUCUGAAGCUCUGGGGAAAUUGACAGAGGCUGAUCUGAAAUUUCUCUUUGUCACUUAAACCUGAUUUUUGGCGGCAAAAUCUGUGGCUACAUUCUGAUAUGCAUUUUGCAGAAUUAUUUUUUGAUGAUAUUUAUCAUGUAAAUACGCUGUAGCUUAUCAAUAUCAAUUUGCAGUAAAUGCACUAGCUGUAAAAAGGUAUGUAUUAUCCCACUUAACAUUUUACAUGCUACGAUGCUGUUGAAUGCUAACCAGUGGGAUUUUGAUGCACCAGGAUUUGUAUUACAAAAAAAGAAGUUAACUUGUGAGUUAUAAAAACCUUAACCACAAAAGAUGUCUUGGAGUCAUCGGAGAUUGAAUCUUCGUUUUUAUAUGACUACUAAUACCUUGCAGGU